AUGGCUGCUGUGGUUAAACCAGGUGAAAGUAAACACGACUGCUUCUGCAAUAGCAUACAUCAAGGUUAUCGCUCACAGAAACGAUCACGCAAACACGCUCUUGCAGAAUGGAGCUGUCCUCAGAAUCUCUCUGUUCAGAGUCUCAACACACAGUAUGUUCUGCGCUGGGACUGGGAUGACGAUCAGCAGAGCGCCAUCAACGAACCGCUCACCUUCACUGCACAGUAUCUCUCGGCGGUUAAUUCCCGUAAGGCGCCUCAUAAGCAGAACUGGAGUACCGUGUGUGCAGAUGUUCUGGAGCGGCACUGUGAUUUCACUGAUGCUGGACUGAGAUACCUGGGCAUAAAUCUCCUGCGUGUGCGGGCCAACACAGCAGAGCAGUUCUCCAACUGGACUAGCAUUAACUUCUGCCCAGAUAAAGAGGCUGAUCUAGGUCCUCCGUCCAGUGUGAAGCUGACCUCUGUUAAAGGAGAUCUGGAGAUCAACAUCGCUGACCCUCUAAGCAGCACCAACGAGUCCAUGAAGACGCUGGCUGAAAACAUGUCUUACCUCAUCCACUACUGGAAGCGGCCCCAAGGCUAUCAGAAGGCUGAAGUAUUGAAGACGAAGAAUAAUGUGGUGAUGCUGUCUGAGCUGGACCGAUGGACGUGGUACUGUGUGAGAGUUCAGAGUCGCUAUGACAUCUACAACAAGACAAGUGUCUUCAGUGACACACACUGCAUACGCACUGAAGGACUGACUCCAUACUGGCAGAUCUGUCUGUACUUCCUGCUGGCGCUGCUGAUCUGUCUGUACUUCCUGCUGGCGCUGCUGGUGUGGUUUAGCUUUUACAAGGUGUUCAAGUCCUUGAAGAGCAUCUUCUACCCAAAUGUUCAUCUCCCGCAUCACAUUCAGGAGCUUUGGUUGUCGGACUCGGAGACGCCGCAUCUUCUGCCUCCUCGAUGCUCCGGCUCUGUAUGGGAUCAGCUGGACAUGAUCAGCGCUGAGACCGACUCAGUCCCGGACGUGCAGAUCUCUAUCCCUGAGGAUCAGGACACCAGCGUUCCCAGCCGGCACGGCAGCGGAGACUCCGGCUUCAACUCCACAGAGGACUCCAGUGUCCGGCUGCUCAGCUCCACGCGACACGACACACACACUGAC